AUGACGUCCGGCGCUCUGCUCGCGGCGCUGCUGGCCGGCGUCGCUGCGAUCGGCCUCCUCCUCGCCUACACCCUCCUCGUCCUGUUCUCGCCGCAAGAACCGACCCCGCACCCCUCGGAAUCGACCUACCUCUCCCCCUCGACCUCCUCAAACCCUCAGCCUCUUCCCUCAUUGACAGAUCCCGACCACCUCGAUGCGACAGUCGAGUUGAGCGUCGUCAUCCCCGCCUACAACGAGUCGAAGCGGCUCGAGGUCAUGUUGCGGCCGGCAGUCGAAUACCUCGAGACUCGUUCGCUCGAGACGAAUGGACGGCGGACGGUGAUGCUGCCGAAGGAAGUUAAGCAGGGCAGCUACGAGGUUCUCAUUGUCGACGACGGGAGUAGGGACGGAACGACGGAGAAGGCGCUCGAGCUGGCAGCGGAAUUGGAGAAGCAGUACGGAGCGAAGCGAGGAAAGGUCAAGGUGUGCAAGCUGGUCAGGAAUCGCGGCAAAGGCGGAGCAACGAAACAUGGCGUCCUCCACGCUUCCGGCCACCGCAUCCUCUUCGUCGAUGCGGACGGCGCGACCCGCUUUGAGGAUCUCGCACUACUUGAAGAAGAGCUUGACGUGCUCGAGGCGCAACAGGCAAAGAAAGGCUCGACCGAUCAAGCGCCGCAAGGCCUGAUCGUCGGUUCGCGAGCGCAUCUCGUCUCGACGGAAGCAGUCGUUAAGCGCUCCGCCCUUCGCAACCUGCUCAUGCGGAGCUUCCACCUCUACCUCUCCCUCCUUGGCCUCUCGACAAUCCGCGACACCCAAUGCGGCUUCAAACUCCACACCCGCCGCACAGCACAACUACUUUACCCCUCGCUGCACUCGCCCGGCUGGAUUUUCGACUGCGAGCUCUUGCUUCUCGCUGAGCGGUGCGGUGUGCCGCUGCGAGAAGUCGGCGUCAAGUGGACGGAGGUACCCGGGAGCAAGCUGGAUGUCGUCAAGGACUCGAUUAGGAUGGCGAGGGAUCUGCUGGUCAUUCGAGGGAAUUACCUCACGGGGCGGUGGAAGACGCCGGGGACGGUCAGCGUUGUGGGUGGAGCGGUGAACGGCGCCGAGUCAAAGAAGAGUCGAUAG